ACACAAAAAUAAGAAAACCCUAAUUGGCAUCUCACCCUCUAUUCCCCUGCGAGUUUCCAGAACCGAUUCCCCACUUUCCCGGCUCUCAUUAUCUUGCCGCCGCUCCUUCUCUUUCGUUACUCUAAUUCGAAGCUUGCGAAAGAGCUUCGGAGUGUUUUUAGAUCCGUGUUCUGUGAUCAACAUUGAGAGAGAGAAUGGCUUCUCGUUUCUGGACCCAGGGUGGUGGCAGUGGUUCUGAUUCUGAAGCGGAGGAGAGUGACUAUGGUGAAGAGCUUGAUGACGUACAGGUUGAUUCUGGCUCCCAACCGAACAGAAGCAGAUAUCUGCAAGGGAAUGCCAGUGACAGUGAAGAUUCUGAAGAUAAGAAGCGUACUGUUAGGUCUGCUAAAGACAAGCGUUUUGAGGAGAUGUCUGCUACUGUGGAUCAGAUGAAAAAUGCAAUGAAGAUCAAUGAUUGGGUGAGCCUGCAAGAGAGUUUUGAUAAGAUAAAUAAGCAGCUUGAGAAAGUCAUGCGUGUUACUGAGUCUGAGAAGGUUCCCACUCUAUAUAUUAAAGCACUUGUGAUGCUAGAGGACUUCCUAAAUGAAGCCAUGGCCAAUAAAGAAGCGAAGAAGAAAAUGAGUACUAGCAAUUCUAAGGCCUUGAAUUCAAUGAAACAGAAGCUAAAGAAGAACAAUAAGCAAUAUGAAGAGGUAAUUACCAAGUAUAGGGAGAAUCCUGAGAUUGAGGAAGAAAAGGCUGAUGAUUUGGAGGAGGAGGAGGAGGAGGAUGAAUCUGAAUCUGAAUAUGAGGAUGAUCCUUCUAAAAUCAUGUCAGAUUCAGAGCCAGAGCCAGAUGUAGAUGAAGAAGAAGAUCUAGAUGAUCCUAGUCAAAACUGGGAGAAGAAGAAGAGCAAAAAAAAUAAGCUCAUGGAUAAGCAGUUCAUGAAGGAUCCUAGUGAGAUCACAUGGGACACUGUGAACAAGAAAUUUAAGGAGGUCGUGGCUGCUCGGGGUAGGAAGGGAACUGGAAGAUUUGAGCAGGUUGAACAGCUUACAUUCUUGACAAAAGUUGCUAAGACCCCUGCACAAAAGCUUGAGAUUUUGUUCAGUGUUGUAUCUGCUCAAUUUGAUGUGAAUCCAGGUCUUAGUGGGCAUAUGCCUAUAAGUGUGUGGAAGAAGUGUGUGCAAAAUAUGCUUUCUAUAAUUGACAUUCUUGUGCAGAAUUCCAACAUUGUGGUGGAUGAUAUGGUUGAACCUGAUGAGAAUGAAAGCCAGAAGCCAGCAGACUAUAAGGGAACAAUUCGUGUUUGGGGAAACUUGGUUGCUUUUGUUGAGAGAAUUGACACCGAGUUUUUUAAGAGUUUGCAGUGUAUCGACCCACAUACACGUGAGUAUGUUGAAAGACUUAGAGAUGAGCCAAUGUUUAUGGUUCUUGCUCAGAAUGUCCAAGCAUAUUUGGAACGAGUUGGGGAUUACAAGGCAGCUUCGAAAGUUGCCCUGAGGCGUGUUGAACUGAUCUAUUACAAGCCACAAGAGGUUUAUGAUGCCAUGAGAAAGCUUGCAGAGCUGUCAGAAGAUGGAGAUAGUGGAGAUGGAAGUGAGGAGGCUAAAGUGGUUGAAGAGAGCAGGGGCCCUGCUGCAUUUAUUGUCACUCCAGAGCUUGUACCUCGUAAACCCACCUUUCCAGAGAGUAGUAGGGCUUUUAUGGACAUUCUGGUAACCCUCAUCUACCAAUAUGGAGAUGAGCGCACUAAAGCACGAGCUAUGCUAUGUGAUAUUUAUCACCAUGCUCUCUUGGAUGAAUUUUAUAUUUCUCGUGACUUGUUACUGAUGAGUCACUUACAGGAUAGUAUUCAACACUUGGACAUUUCAACGCAGAUCCUUUUCAAUAGGGCAAUGGCUCAACUUGGUUUAUGUGGCUUUCGAGUUGGCCUGAUUAGUGAAGGACAUGGGUGUCUUUCAGAAUUAUAUUCCGGUGGAAGGGUGAAGGAAUUGCUUGCACAAGGUGUCUCACAAAGCCGAUAUCAUGAAAAAACUCCAGAACAGGAAAGGCUUGAAAGAAGAAGGCAGAUGCCGUACCACAUGCACAUAAAUCUUGAGCUCCUGGAGGCUGUGCAUUUAAUAUGUGCUAUGCUGCUGGAAGUACCCAAUAUGGCAGGCAAUGUUCAUGAUGCUAAGCGCAAGGUUAUCAGUAAGAACUUUAGACGGUUACUUGAGGUGAGUGAGAGACAAACGUUUACCGGGCCUCCCGAGAACGUCAGAGAUCAUGUAAUGGCUGCUACCAGGGCCCUUCGUAAGGGUGAUUUCCAGAAGGCUUUUGAUGUCAUUGCAUCUCUAGAUGUAUGGAAGCUACUUAGGAAUCGCGAUGAAGUGCUGGAAAUGAUUAAAGGAAAGAUCAAGGAGGAGGCUCUGAGGACUUACCUUCUCACAUACUCUUCGUCCUACGAUUCUCUGAGUUCGGACCAACUCACCCAAAUGUUCGACCUUGCAGAGGGUCAAACACACAGUAUUGUGAGCAAGAUGAUGAUCAAUGAGGAGCUCCAUGCAAGUUGGGAUCAGCCAAGUGGGUGCAUCAUCUUCCAUGAUGUUACACAUACCCGAUUACAGGGCUUGGCAUUCCAGUUAGCUGAUAAGUUGUCAAUCCUUGCUGAAAGCAAUGAAAGAGCAGUUGAGGCAAGAAUGGGAGGAGGGUUAGACUUACCCAUGAGGCGAAGAGACAACCAAGAAUAUGCUGCUGGAGGAGCUGUAGGUGGGAGUAGCAGGUGGCCAGAUAACACGUCUUUUAAUCAGGGAAGGCAUAGCGGUCCUAGUUCGCGUGCAGGAUAUAGCAGUGGUGGGCGAGGCCAAGGUGGGGGUGGUGGAUAUUCUAGAGACCGGAUGGGUCAGUCUCGAGGAGGCAAUGCAGGAUACCAAAGCACCCGUUAUCAAGAUGCCGCAUAUGGAUCAGGGAGGACUGCUUAUCAGUCGGGUUCUGCUCGAGGAUCCCAGAUGGAUGCUUCAGCUCGAAUGGUUAGUCUCAACAAAGGUGUUCAUGCCUAAAGGAACAUUCAGAGCGUUUACUGCUGUGUGCUCAAAGAAAAAGGUGAGAUCUGUUGGAGUACUCCCACAAAAAUUUACCAGUAACUUUAAAUUUAGCGUUGUCCAUUUUUGAACCGAGAUCUACUUAUCAAUGUUUUGAAAAGGAGAUAUUGUAUCCGUUUUUUCCUUUUUGACAUUUUAUUAUUGUUAAUUUUAUCUGCAUGUUACCCGAGUAAAUUUGGGCAUUCUUUC